UCAAAUUUGAAUUUUCCAAAACAUGUGACAAAUUUUCAAAAAAUUUUCACAUUUUUUCCUCAGUUGAAUGUUUUAAUAAUUUGAGUGUCUCGUUUCAUGCUUCCUACCGUAUUUUUCAGUUUUACUCUUUAAAUUUAAUUAUUUAAUAACACUUCUGAAUACCUGAAUGUUGUAAGAUUUUAUUCCGCGGCCAGUUACCGGUUUCAAGCCACUGAUGUGACUAUUGAAAAUUGAAAAAUCAGAAGAGCAAUUUUCACCGGAAUAUGGAUGCUGUACAAGAACUAUUGAACUCGCCUGACAUCGAAUUGAAAGUACUCGAAGACAAAGGAAAAUGUUUGUUUUCUACGGUUCAUUUCAAAAAAGGAGAUACUAUUUUUGAAGAAGUUCCUCUAAUCUCAUGUCAGUUUGCGUGGAAUAAAACGUACAAGUAUUUGGCCUGCGAUCACUGUAUGAGGCCACUGGAAUCAGUUGAUGAAAAUAUCGCUAGAUUGACUGCAGAUCAGGUUGUGGAAGUACCAUUUUUAGAAUAUAAUUCAACUGUGAAAGCAGACCAUAGGAAAUGUCCCAACUGCGAGGAAUUAUAUUGCAGCGAAGUGUGUCUGGCAAAUGCGUAUAAACAGUAUCAUCAAUUUUUAUGCUACAGAAAUUCUGAAGAUGAACCUUUUUUUCAAUUAGUUGAACGUUGGAAACUUAUGUAUUAUCCACCUGAAACGACCAACAUAAUGCUACUCGCAAGAAUUAUUGCUACUAUUCAACUGGCUGAAAAUAAAGAAUACGCUUACAAUACUUUUAUGCAGUUUUGUCAUUUAUCUCUCAGCAACGAUGAAACUCUCGUUCAUAAUUUACUCGGUGAAAAAUUCCGUAACGAUAUCGAUGAAUUAUUUUCCAUAUUCAAGAUAGCUAUGGAAUCAAGACUAAAUGGUGAAAGUAACUCGUACGUGAAAAAUCUUUUAACUCGCGAAGGAUUUAUCAGAAUGCUAUCUUUGAUUGGAAGGAACGGCCAGGGUAUCGGUACCAGUGUUUUAGCAGAAUGGGCUAAUAAAUUACUAAGUUUGGAAGUUUCACCAUCUGAAAAAGCCACGAUAGAUAAAUUGAUCGAUGAUAUUUAUGAAAAAGUGGAUCAACAUGUUGGUAAUUUCAUUUCCAAUGAAGGUUCGGGUUUGUACGUCGUUCAGAGCUGUAUUAAUCAUAGCUGCGCUGCGAAUGCUAAAAUCACUUUUCCAUUUAAUAAUAAUCGACUAGCGUUGGUUGCGAAACGAGAAAUAAUGCCUGGAGAAGAAAUAUUCAUCAAUUAUUUAGAUAAAUGUGCUAGGAAAAGAAGCUGUCACAGCAGAAGGAAAAUUUUAAAAGAUCAUUAUUUAUUCAUUUGUAUGUGCUCGAAAUGCGUAGUAGAUAGUACGGAGGAACCUGACGUCACUAGUGAAGAUGAAAGUGAAGACGAAGAAAUGGAUUGAAUUUUUAUUGAUAUUUCAUUACCGCUUGUUGUUAAUUGGCAAUAAAAUUAUCUAUUUUCAUA